UGAAGCAUACUCCUAGUUCGAGAACCUACCAACAACCAACACCCUCAAUCCACGGAAAAGAGAACGAAAAUGUCUGAUUUGGAAGAAUACAAGACCGUAAUCGGUCUCUCUUUUGGUAACCAAAACAGUUCCAUUUCAUUCACAAAGGAUGGCAAGACUGAAUGUCUGGCAAACGAAGAAGGUGACAGACAAAUUCCCGCUAUUUUCUCUUACCAAGGAUCGGAGGAGUACCAUGGUGUUCAAGCUUAUGGCCAGCUUGUUCGUAACUCUCAUAACACAAUUCUUAACUUCCGUGACAUGCUUGGCAAGAGCUCUGAGGACGUCACCGACAAAAAGCACAAGCGCUCUGCCAAGCCUAUCUCUGUGAAUGGCCAGCCUGGUUUCAGUGUCACCGUUGUUGACCCCGAGACUGGUGCCGAGACUACUUCCAAGAAGACUGUUUACGAGUUUACUGUUCGCCAUUUGAACCGUCUGUUUGAGUCUGCUCGCGACUUCUUGGGUAAGAAGUUGGAUGGCUGUGUUAUUGCUGUCCCCAGUGAUUUCUCCGAGAAGCAGAUUGAGAUGCUCUCCAAGGCUUCUAAGGAAGCUGGUGUCCCUGCUAUGCAAUUUGUCAAGGAAUCUGCAGCCCAGAUCCUUGCCCUUAUGUACUCUGAUUCUGCUCUCGUCGACAAGUUUGUUGUCGUUGCCGAUUUUGGUGCUACUCGUUCCGAGGUCUCUGUCGCUUCCAUCAAGAGCGGCAUCAUUACCAUCCUCUCCAACGAGCAAGACCUUCACUUGGGUGGUGAGCAAUUGACCGAGGUCUUGGUCAACUUCUUUGCUAAGGAGUUCGAGAAGAAGCACAAAAUCAACCCUCUUACCAACCGCCGUGCCAUUGCCAAGCUUCAUGCUCAAUGCGAGAUCACUAAGCGUAUUUUGAGUAACAACACCACUGCCUCCGCUGCCAUUGAUUCGUUGGUUGAUGGUAUUGAUUUCCACAGCAACAUUAACCGUCUUCGUUUUGAGUUGGCCGGUAGCUCUAUCUUCAACAAAAUGUCUGAUCUCGUUGUCAAGGCUGUUAAGAAGGCCGGUCUUGAGACCGUUGACAUCAACGAGGUGAUCUUGGCUGGUGGUGCUUCUCACUCUCCCAAGUUGACUUCUUUGAUGUGGUCAGUCUUCCCUGAGCAGACCGUCAUUCGCUCUUCCGCUUCUUCUGCUACUCCUUUGGCUGUCAACCCUGCUGAGUUGGCUGCAGUUGGUGCCGGUGUUCAAGCAUCUUUGAUUGCAGAGUUUGAUGCUGACGAGAUCGCUGGUUCUCUGACUCCUGAUGUUGUCAACGCUCCUCAUCUUACCAAGCCCAUUGGUAUCAACGAGGGUGAUAACUUUGUUGUUGUUUUUGACAUUGAGACCGCUUUGCCCGCCCAAAAGAGCAUUGAGUGUGUUGCUCCUGCUGAGGGUGGUGCUUACAUUCCUAUUUACGAGGGUGAGCGUUCCAUCAAGGUUACCACUGUUGAGGCAGAUGCUGAUGAGUCCGACUUUUCCGAGGAGGAGGAGCCUGAGGAGAUUCGCGAGCGUGUCGUUACUCCUGGUACUCUUCUUGCCACUGUUAACAUCGCUGAUGUUGCUCCCAAGGCUAAGGUUGAGGUUAUUCUUCAUCUCGACGCCGAAGGCAAACUCACAGUUACUGCUCGUCCCAAGGAUGGCAAGGGUAGCAACGUUCGUGGAUCGAACUAAGCGUCUAUUUGACGGGAAAAGAAAGCUUCCUUGUGACUAGUCAGUGGUCACUGACAACCUCGAAGUUCUCUCAUUUUUGGGACACUUUCCAGCGUAUUGUUUUUGUAUGUUUUUUUUUGCCAUAGCUGGAUAGAGGAUAAAUAGAAAAACGGUGAUUCAAACGGA